UUGUUUAGUACAUAAACGUCUUCCUCGGAAUAAACAACUAAAAAAAUAGAACAAAAAAAAAACAGAAAAAGAUAACAAAAACUCUAACGAAACGAAUCGCGUUGCAAUGCGUUGCUUCAAAUUUUAGUUUAUAAGAAAUUUGAUAAAAAUGUAACGACUUGAGCGCUACUCCCGUUUUUUUUUCUCGAAAAUCACAGCAAAUUGCUUUAAAUCGUCUUAAAGCAUGUUUAGCUAUAAAUGCAUGCGCCUUUUAAUACCGCGACCGUCUGUAUCGCGUCCUCCCUGUUCAUGUUGUUUUCAACCAUGUUUUAUCCCUUUAGGUUGUUGCGGCUGCUGUUCGGCCUUAAGGCCACGUUAUAAGCGUUUAGUGGAUAAUAUAUUUCCCGCUAUACCCGAAGAUGGUUUGGUCAAAUCAAAUAUGGAAAAGUUGACAUUCUAUUCUCUUAGUUCGCCGGAUAAAUUGGAUCGUAUUGGUGAAUAUUUGUAUCAGAAGGCAACAAAGGAUAUAAAUCGCAAACGUUACAAAUUUGUGGAAAUUGCCAUGGAAGCCAUGGAUAUUUUACUGCAAGCUUGUCAUGCUCAAACUACCCUAAAUUUGUUUGUGGAAUCAUUUUUGCGCAUGGUACAAAAAUUACUUGAAGACUCGAAUCCCAACUUACAAAUUUUGGCUACAAAUUCGUUUGUAAAAUUUGCCAACAUUAAUGAGGACACUCCUUCCUAUCAUCGACGUUAUGAUUUUUUCAUUUCGAAAUUUUCCUCAAUGUGUCAUGGCAACAAUGAUAACAUCGAGCUGCGUGAUAGCAUACGUUUGGCUGGCAUUAAAGGACUACAAGGUGUGAUACGUAAAACUGUCUCCGAUGAUUUAGUGGAGAAUAUUUGGGAAAAACAGCAUAUGGAGAAAAUUGUACCAUCAUUAUUAUUUAAUAUGCAGUUCGGCGUUAACGUUAUGUUUUUGAAGAAAAAUAUGUUGGCGUCGGGCGAUUUAACACCCGUGGAAGAUGCGACCACAGUUACUCCACCUGUUUUGGCUGAAGAAGUUCUACGUGAGCUAGUGGGUCGUGCUUCUUUUGGUCACAUAAGAAGUGUUUUGAAACCCUUAUUAACUCACUUGGAUCGUCAUGAACUCUGGGUGCCCAAUACUUUUGCCAUUCAUACUUUCCGCAUAGUUAUGAUUUCUAUACAGCCUCAGUAUUCCUAUACGGUGGUCGAAACGCUCAUGCAACAUUUAGAUAAUAAUUUCAAAUCUUCUCCUAAAACUCGCACUUCAUUGGCUGUCGUACUCUCUAAGAUUAUAGCCAUUGCAGCUGGUGAAAGUGUUGGUCCCUCCGCCCUUGAUAUUAUCAAUAAUCUACUUACUCAUCUUCGCACCAGUGUUAGUAAUACCUCUGAAAUCACCCCAGAAGAAUCCCAGUACCAAGAGGCUCUCAUCAAUGCAUUGGGUGAAUUUGCUAAUCAUCAUCCGGAUUAUCAGAAAAUUGAAAUUAUGCUUUUCAUUAUGAACACUGUGCCGGAUCUAUCGAAGAAAAGUAAAGGCGAUCAAAUGUUACAGAAUAUUCUUUUGAAAUCUCUACUUAAAGUUGGUACUCAAUAUAGCACCGUCUCAUUUGAGAAAGCCUUUCCCGCCAGUUUCCUGCAACCUCUUCUUAAAAUGGCCCGCAAUCCUCAUGAUCCUACGCGCAUUAUUGUUAUGCAAAUAUUCCAAGCACUUUUGGAUCGUCAUCAAAAUGAAAAAGUAUUAAGUGUGGUUAGCAUUAAACCUUAUGCUGCUUUGUCGCAGGAGCCACCCUCACGUUCGGAUAUUAUUUUUACUCAUAAAUAUGGUGCUAAUAUUAUGCAGGCCUUAAUCGAUAGCAUGGCUUUGUCGGAUAAAGUGGAUUCGUUAUCGUCUAGUUAUAAUACGGCAGCUUUACUUAUUGUCGAAAUGGCGUGUGGUGAAACGGUGCAAGAGUUUUUGUUAUUCAUUUUGGGUAUACAACAAGUUGCUGUAACCACCGAAAAUUUGAGUGAAAUACACAAAUGUUCACUUUACUCCAUUUCCAUUGCUCUACUAACGCUAACAGCUCGUGUUACCGGCAUCAAUAAUCUACUCGAAUAUGCACAGAAAAUCAUAGAAGAUCGUAAACAUGAUGCACCAUACUUCCUACCGCCGUUAUUAGAACCCAAAAAAUCGAGCAGUAAAUACAAUUUGAAUGUACCACACUUGGCCAUUGAUAAAAUGGCAUUGGCUGAAUGUUUACAGAAUGCUGGUAUGGAUUUCAAUCGUUUACAAACUGGACUACCAUAUGCUCUCAAUCAAUCAGACAAUCCGGGACACCGACACUCAUGGGUUGAGACAGUUAGUAGUAAUAUGACACAAAGAAAUAGUUCAGCCGAUUUGACAGCCUACAAUGCGGAUGCAGACAGUAUUAGUAGUUCACCGGGAGUAUCGAAGAAAACUUUGGCUCCCGAAUAUACCGUUGAUGCUAUGAAACGUUAUUUGGCCGAACCCUCGGAAUCGGUUAAGCGUGAACAGCAGGAAAAACAAAUGCAAAUUGUGCGCACUUUCCGUGAAAGCGAUUUUGAAGAUCUUAUGAAACGCACUGAACCCAAGCAUGAUGUCAUACAAAAUCGCUUAAAUGAUUUAUUUAAUUCAUUAGCCAUCGAUAACAAAACAACCCAAAAUCCUUCAACCAAUAACGAGAAACCUAUUUAUGAAACCAAUUUCCCAGAAUUGUUUUAUUAUUAAAUUAUGAAUUUAUUUUAAAUAGUUAUUAAUUAUAUGAAAAUUGGCUUGUUACUGAAACUUAACUUAACUCCCCAUUUUUUUAAAAUAACAAUCAAAUUGUUAUUUAAUUUUUUCUAUUAUAUUAAAUAUAUAUACUAUAAAGAUAUUGUAAUUUUUUCCACUUUUUUUUUUUGUUGUUCUCUUCUUGUUUGUUUUCUAUUUUAAGGCGCAAAUAUGUAUU